AUUCGCGCAAAUUUUGAAAAAUCUUGUGUGUUUAUUGGUGAAAUAUUGAUUUUUCUUAGUUCAAAAAAUUAAUUAAAAAUAUAAUUUGACUGAAAAAUGAUUACUCCGUUCGUCGAAGGGUGGGACUUCGUGCAAGUUCUCGGGGAGGGUGCCUAUGGAGAGGUUAAGUUGGCUGUGAAUCGAGAGACGAAGGAAGCAGUUGCAGUGAAGAUUGUGAACCUACUCAAAUCUGAAAAUGUCGAAAAUAAUAUAAAAAAAGAGAUCUGCAUAAACAAGAUGCUAAACCAUCGAAACAUCAUAAAGUUUUAUGGCCAUCGAAGGGACAACAACAAAGAAUAUUUAUUUCUGGAGUAUGCAUGCGGAGGCGAACUCUUCGAUAGGAUUGAACCUGAUGUUGGCAUGCCUCAACAUGUUGCUCAGAAAUAUUUCAGGGAACUAAUAGCUGGAGUGGAGUAUUUGCAUAGCAGAGGUGUGGCCCAUAGAGAUAUCAAACCUGAAAAUCUCCUUCUUGAUGCUGAUGACGUCUUGAAAUUAUCGGAUUUCGGGCUGGCCACACUGUACCGUCACAACGACAAGCAACGAGUUCUCGACACCUGCUGCGGUACCGUACCGUACCUUGCCCCUGAGGUAGUUGCCAGGAAGCAGUACUACGGGGAGCCGGUCGACGUUUGGUCGUGUGGCAUCGUACUUGUUGCCCUAUUAGCCGGGGAACUUCCGUGGGACGAGCCCGGAUACUUCUGCAAGGAGUACCAGGAUUGGAAGGACUGCAAGGUCAUGCUCAAUCCUUGGUGCAAGAUCGAUAACCUUGCUCUAUCUCUGAUCAGAAGGAUAUUGAUUGAAAAUCCAGAGAAAAGGAUGAAGCUGGAUGGGAUUAAAAACCAUCCAUGGUUCCUUAAAAAUUUCAAAAAAGAUUCACUGAAAAGAUUGGGUAGCCCGAAUUUCGAAAACCAAAGAUCAAAGAAACACUGCUAUGACAAAUCUGACUCACUGGCAAUGUCCCAACCAAACUCCGAGGUAAGUUUUCAAGGAUUUAGCCAGGAGGAGGGCGACGAGAUGGGCGGCCGAAAACAGGGAAGUGUUGAGUUUGAAGGAAAGGGAAUCAGUUUCUCGCAGCCACACAAGCUGGAGAACUUGUUACUGGGCACUCAAAUGCUCUCCACCCCAGGAACAUCUCAGACCUUGAUACCUAGAUUAGUAAGACGAAUGACUCGAUUUUUCGUAACCACAAACGUCGAAGACACCAUCAACCACCUUGUGCAAGUCCUGAAACUCGAUAAGUGUCGCGUCAUGAAGAACUCGACGCUGCAGCAGUUAACAGCUCUGACGGUUGACAAAAGGCGAGCCCCUCUAGUCUUCAAAGCAUGCGUCCUCGAUAUGGCAGGCAGUGUUCUUGUCGAUUUCAGACUUUCUAAGGGGGACGGCAUAGAGUUCAAAAAAUAUUUCUUAAGGGCUCGCGAUCGUCUUCACGGUGUCAUCAACAAAAAGGUCCAAUUUUCUAUGUGGACACAACUCGGCCUCGUCGUGCCAACUGUUGAGAACUGCCCAGCUAACAAUGCAAACCAACAAAAUGAAAGCGAAACUGCCCUAGAAAACCCACAAAAUCAAAGUGAAACUGCCAUAAAUGGUGGAGAAAAAGAUGGCGGCCAAGACGUCGAAAAAAAAUUUUUGAACAAUGUUGAGGGAGAAGCUGCUGCUGCUGCUGUUGAUGAUGAUGAGGAGGAAGAUGAUGAUGGGUCAUUCAGCAACAAAGAAAACAUCGAAUCCGCGAAUAAUGGCUCUCUUCACGACGCCGAAAAAACGUUUCCUACAAAUUUCAAAAGAACGACAACAAUCUGAGGAGUAAGCAUUUUGGGAUGUUGUCGACCCAACAAUCCUGUACUUGCGUUUUUGUAUAUAAUGAGUUAUCAGUCAGCUAAAUAUUUUGCCAUUUUAUUGUUGUAGCAAUUUUCAAAAUUAUAUUUGAUGAAUAUUUGUAAGAAUUACUCUACAUUAAAUUUCUAUUCCCUUGCUUUUUAUUGUGAAUUUUUUGUCGAUAUCAUGAUUUGUAAGUUGUGUGUGGUGUGGUGUGUGUUGUCAAACUAGGAAUUGUUUGUUCCAUAAUGAAAUAAUGAUUAAUUAUAUGUCCUUUCAGUUAUUAAUUUCUAUAUUAACUUAUCGGCGUCGGUCUUUUGAUGAAUUGGAACAAAAAAUUUUAAUAAAAUAUGAAAAAAUCGA